AAGAAGAAAAGAAUAACUUUAUUGUUGAUGACAAUGAAUAUGAUUGUUUAACAAAUUGGCAAAUUGAUAACAGAAAAGAAAAAGAAAUUAACGAUUAUUUAUUAAAUGAAGAAAAAGAAAAAGAUGAAUUCAUUAUUAAUAAUUAUAAUUAUUUUACUAAAGAAAUUGAUAAUUAUUCAACUAAUGAUUAUAAUUAUAAGGACAGCAAAAAAUUUAAUGAAAUUAGUUAUCUUGAUUUUUAA